UUAAUGGCCAGACCACAACAACGAUACAGAGGUGUUCGGCAGAGACAUUGGGGUUCUUGGGUGUCUGAAAUUCGCCACCCAUUACUGAAGACAAGAAUUUGGUUAGGGACAUUUGAGACAGCAGAAGAUGCGGCAAGAGCAUAUGAUGAAGCAGCAAGGCUAAUGUGUGGCCCAAGGGCGAGAACCAACUUCCCUUACAACCCAAACAUGGCACAGACAUCUUCCUCAAAGCUUCUCUCAGCAACUUUGACAGCCAAAUUGCAUAAAUGCUACAUGGCAUCACUUCAAAUGGCCAAAAAUGUUGGAAUCCAGUCUUCCUCCCAUGUUCAGACAGCAAACAAUGUUGGAAUUAAUCAUGAAACAAAGCCACAAAUGCUAAUAACAAAGCCAACAAUUUUGGCACAGCAACAACAAGCUGCAGGGGGCAAUUGGGGAAUUAUGAAAGUUGAAGCUGUGGAGACCCCACAACAAUUCAUCAACACACUUGAAGAUGACCAAAUUGAACAAAUGAUUGAAGAAUUGCUUGAUUAUGGCUCCAUUGAGCUUUGCUCAGUAGUACCUUCUCCGCAGUAGUUCCAAAAUUCUAUCUCAACUCGACAUCCCAAGUACCCAUUUUGCUAAUUUAACUCCCUAUUU